ACGAUGCUGGUUGUUGGUUUUUGUAGCUUUGUUGGAAAACAAAAAGAACAGUUGCUAUGGAUUAACUUAACAUGGAUUUUACUUAAUCUUUCCUGAAAAGAAAAAUCUUGGUUUGGUUUAUUGUCACUUGGAGAGUUUCUUGGAAUUAUUCUUUGGAGAAGUGAGAGCUUCAAUUGAGCUUCAAACUAAUCUGGAAUGACUAACUGGAUUGUCCAAUAUGUCCUUGUAUGACGUUGCAGUUAAAAAAUUGGGCUACCCAACCAUUGAGCUGUUUGUAAAGGCUGGAAGUGAUGGUGAAAGCAUUGGCAACUGUCCAUUCUCCCAGAGACUCUUUAUGAUCCUGUGGCUUAAGGGAGUCAUCUUCAAUGUCACCACUGUUGACCUCAAACGUAAACCAGCUGACCUGCAGGACCUUGCUCCAGGAACCAAUCCUCCUUUUGUGACCUUUAACGGCGAGGUCAAGGUCGAUGUGAACAUGAUUGAAGAGUUCUUGGAGGAGAACCUGACCCCUCCACGAUACCCCAAACUGGCUCCUAAACAUCGAGAAGCUAACACAGCUGGCAUCGAUUUGUUCGCCAAGUUCUCAGCUUACAUCAAAAAUCCAAGAAAAGACAUCAAUGAGGGUUUAGAAAAAGCCUUGCUAAAGUCUCUGAAGCGACUUGAUGAAUUCCUGAGGACACCCCUGUCAGAAGAGAUUGAUGCUAAUGCCUCAGGAGACGUGCCUGAGUCCACCAGAAGCUUCCUGGAUGGGAAUGAGCUCACUUUGGCCGACUGCAACCUGCUGCCUAAACUACACAUCAUGAAGAUUGUAGCCAAGAAAUACCGUGGCUUUGAGAUUCCAGCAGAUAUGAUCGGGGUGUGGAGGUACUUAAACAGCGCCUACAAGAGGGAGGAGUUCAUCAGAACCUGUCCGGCUGAGAAGGAGAUUCAGUUUGCCUAUCUGGAUGUUGCAAAAAGAAUCAAAUAGGGAGAAGAGUGGCGAAAGAAAGAAGGAAGGGAGGUAAAAACAUGAGAUAAGAAAGAAACUGUGGAGGGAUUUACCGUAAAUACAGAGAACAUAAACUCCAGGAUAUACAGUAGGCCGAUUCAAACUGACUAUAAAACAUCUGUCACUCUUUUUUAAGUUUAAUAUCUCUGUCAGCUAAACCUUGUUUGUGCAUGUGUACAUGUGUCUGCUUUUAUAGGUUGGACUGCAUGGUCAUAUCUUUAUAAUAAUCUUUUCACAAAUAAUGAUUACCAGUUAUUAGAGGUUCGACUUUGAUUUCUUGUUUUUUUAUAAGACGACAGCAAGUUCACUGCAGAGACUAAAUAAACAGAACAAUGAACUUAUUAUUCAGUGUUUGUGUUUAGGAACUAUUUUGUCUUGGCCAAACAGGGCUUAGUGGCUGCUUAAAAUAUAAUCAGUCCUUUUAAAUAUUCAUGUACACUAAAAUCUGCAAUUGAAUCUCAUUUUUCAUCAUGUAAACAGUUCAAUUUUGAUAUAAAGUAAUACUAAUACUGGGGUGCAGGUGGCCUUGUGGAUAGGUCAUUCUGUACUUAUUAGGCUCCAGUCUGACAUGUCUCCUUGAUUUCAUCCUCUAUCCACUGUCCUAUUAAAUAAAGGUGAAAAGCCCCAGAAUAAAUCUCUAUAAAAUAUAGAAUCCUUAAACCGUCAAAUCAAUUAUCAUUCUACUUCUAAGUAAGGGUGUACAUAUUUAACAGGUUGAGCUGGUUUUUCCUCAAAAUUAUCCUCUACAAGAAAGAAAAAACAAAAUUUGGUACAGAAAUGACAAAAACAUGGAGCACGGAGGGUUUAAAAUAAGUCAAAAUUUAACUGAUGUGUAAGAGAAACACUGCUGUUCAAACAGAACCAGAUGUCAGUGGCAGCUAUACUUUAGCCAACAACCAUUAGCUAGAAUGAAUUAGCCUGUUGACUAACCCGGCAUGACAAAUCCAGCCCAAGUACUUUGAAAAAAAAAACUAGACUAGACAAAAUAGACUUGUUUGUAAGUGAGUAAGGAUUUUGUUUAGGUCUCAGACUUUUUAAAGCGGGAAGUAUUGGUGGAAAUGGACCAGAGGCUUCAGAAUGAGCAAAUGUUUAAGCGAACGUAACGUUAGCUCCCUGCAUGAGCCGAUGUAUGCCAAUACUGCAUGACAAAUUGAUCAAAAAUUGCAAAAAAUAUGGCUUUAUCUGCAAUUUUAAAAUGAUCCUUCAGCCGUAACUGAUGAAAUCCAUUCACAAUUUCACAGACGAUAUCCCAAAGGAUGCACCUCUCUAUAUAAUUUUUCAGUUUCUAAAUGUUUCUUAUUUUAUGACAAAAUAAGAUUGAACUCAGUUUCAGAAUAAACUUUUAUUUCAAGUCUUAACUUCCCUCUUCUUUGCUACUACCUUCAAAAAAAAGAAGCCAUAAGCAGAAAACACCAACUGCUGUUACAAAUAAAAUAUCAAGAUGUAUUUUGUCACAUUGACUUUAAUUGUUCAGAUAGGUGUUCAAGUUGUACUACGAGGUAUUGUUCCAUGUCUAUUGUUUUCCAUUUCACACCAACAGUCUACUCAACUCCAUACACUUUCAGGGCAUACUCACACCAGUUGCCCCUCCCCAGUCCUCUGCUAGCCUUUAAUAUCAUAGCUCCACGCCCAAUCGUGCCUGAGCACGGAUUCGUCAUUACAUUAUAAAAGACACAAAUCAUUUUGUAGGAUACAGUCUUGAAUGACUGUCAUUUAGAGCAGUUGUAUUGAUGAUCCACACUGUAAUCCUGCUGCACUACACCUCUUCUGUCAGCACCAGGGCCAAGGAACAUACAAUACUUGGGUACAGCACAGAGCUCUAAACCAGUCAAACAAACUGGACGUUAGGGCUCAAACAUGCUAGGGAAUUACCUCGUGUGAGUGCGCCCUCAAUGUGUGUGCUGUGUGUAAAAUAUAAACAUCCUAAUCAUUUUCUUUUAUUGAAUAUUUUUGUCUUGAAUUAUAAUAACAAAUCAGUAGUGAAAAUAAUUAGAAAGUCAAGUGAUUAAUGACAAGGCCUGACUAACUAAUGGCCUUUUCUAUUUGUACAUUUUAUUUUACUUCAUGUUAACUCGCUAUGCUGAUGAUAUACUAUUUCCAUGUAACAUGAUUUUCUCUUCCAUUAUAUUUAAUGCUACUAAAUGAGUGUGGGCAGGCCUCGAUGCUGGUUGGUCUAUCUAAAGGUAACUUUUUUUGAUCGACAAGUUCACAUUCAUUACAGUAGUUUGUUUUGAAAGCUUUUAAUUCAUGUUUCCCUGUUCCUAUGAAUGCAGCUUCAUUUCCCUUUGAAUUGACUGUUUCAUUUAGAUGGGUUGAGUGUGUACUGUUUUUGUGCUAAGCUACCACUUUGAAAGACAACAUUUUGU